UUUAAAGAGCAACUGUCAUCUCUGUCCCACAGCAGCUCCUCCUCUGACCCGCUGUUGACUCACCGACCAUUCCAUUCACUUUAAGGGUACGGCUGGUAAUGCGGCAGUGACACAACAAGGUGAGGGAUAUGUGAACAAAAAAUAUUCCGGAUGGCUGUACUCCAAGAAAAUGUCCUCAUUGAAGAAAAGGUCUCCACAAAGAGAAUAAAAAUGUACAGCAGCUAACGCGUUUCACACCACUUUUACUAGUGCUUAAUCAUCAAGAAACUUGUGCAGCAGACAAGAUGGACAGCAACAGUUUCAUCCAGUUUGAAGUGCCAGAGUACAGCAGCACAGUUCUCAGCCAGCUAAAUGAGUUGCGUAUGCAAGGAAAGCUAUGUGAUAUCAUUGUUCACAUUCAGGGCCAGCCGUUCCGUGCACAUAAGGCAGUCCUCGCUGCCAGCUCCCCUUACUUUCGUGAUCAUUCAGCACUGAGCACCAUGAGUGGCUUAUCCAUAUCGGUUAUCAAGAACCCUAAUGUCUUUGAACAGUUACUGUCAUUCUGCUACACUGGAAGAAUGUCUGUACAGGUGAAGGAUGUUGUAAGCUUCCUAACUGCAGCUAGCUUCCUUCAAAUGCAGAGCGUCAUCGACAAGUGCACUCAUAUCCUGGAGAGCAUCCACUCAAAAAUUAGCGUAGUGGGUGGAGAGGACAACCAGAGUAACCACAAUGGAGUCAAAGAUGAUAGCUACUUUGCCAAUCCAUUGGAGAUCUCUCCAUCAUACAUUGGGCAAGGGCGACCAUCGAUUGUAGGCAAUGAUUUCAAAAUGGAUGGGGUAGCCAGCAAAAGUUUAAAAAGCCGUCCCCAAGAAGAGGGUCAGUCAGACAGAGGCAGCAAUGGCAGCAUUUCAGAGCAUGAAAUUCAGAUAGAAGGCGAUCAGGAUCAUGGUGACACGGUUCGGGAAAACCAAGUCUCAGACGUCAAAGUCAAAACUGAGAAGUCUGACCGGCCAAGCUGCUCCGAUAGCUCUUCUUUGGGGGAUGAUGGCUAUCAUACAGAACUAGUUGAUGGCGAGCAAGUGACUAUGCUGAAUGUAGGUUCCUACGGGUCUGUAUUGCAACACGCAUACUCUUAUUCUCAAGCUGCUUCCCACACAACCAAUUUGUCUGAGCCCUAUAAGAGCAUCAGCAACUCAAGCCCUUCCAGGUCCAUGCUUGGUUGUUAUCGGGGGGGCCGGGCACGCUCCAAGCGAGCAUCUAAUAUAACUAGUGAGGUUCAUAAUGCAAUCCAAAGCCCUGAAAGUGAAACUGUUAUGAGUGCACCAACUUAUGAGAGCAGCCCCCAAGAGAGGGCCUCCAGAGGCUAUUGGCAUCCGUACAGCGAAAGACUCAUCUGCAUAUACUGUGGCAAGACAUUCAACCAGAAAGGAAGUCUUGACCGACACAUGCGGCUCCACAUGGGAAUCACACCAUUUGUGUGCAGAUUUUGUGGGAAGAAAUACACUCGCAAAGAUCAGCUAGAAUACCACAUACGGGGACACACUGAUGACAAGCCUUUCCGAUGUGAGGUUUGUGGCAAGUGCUUCCCGUUUCAGGGCACACUGAAUCAACAUUUGCGGAAAAAUCACCCUGGUGUUGCCGAGGUGAGGAGUCGGAUGGAAUCGCCAGAAAGAACAGAGGGAUAUGUAGACCAAAAUGAUACCAAUGUUUCAGAUGUAACCAUGGACUCCAAUAUUGAAAUUCACACAGUCACUACUGCACCUGACUAACUCCCAACAUGCCAGGGCACUGUAAAAAGCACACAUGUUGAUUAAUACCUAUUUUUAUUAUUGCUUAUUUGGUAAUCUCUUUGCUACAGAGAAAGCUACUCUUAAUCCUUUUGUUCUUUUGAGAAUGCUUCUUGAUUAUUCAGACGUAUUAAGAUAACUGGGUGAUACACUAAAUGUACUUUGUUUUACUUUGGAUUCUUUUUAAUAUAUACUUUGUCCAUUUUGCUUUUUUAAGGAGACAGGGUACCAUUGCACUCCUAAAUAAGCAUAUAGUUAGAGGUGAAAAAGUGAGAUUUUGUUUUUAAUUGUUUGGUGAAUGAAACUGUUUUAUCUAACAAGUGUUUAUUAUGAGAAAUUCUAUAUAUCUCAAUGAUUUAUGAAUAGCGAAGGCAGUAAGGUUAUAGAGCAAUGGCCUUGACUAAAAGGGACAGUGCAAAGUUACGGGAAUCUACUGUAUGUUUGUUUAGUUCAGCCAAUUUGUACUCUUUGGCAUUAAUUGCUGGACAUUUGUGGUUUGGUUAGGCCAUGAUUUGAGUUUUACUGUUAAGAUUUGUGAUUGGAAUUGGUUGUAAGGUUGGAGAACAUCAAUUUAUAACUUGCUUUCUUGGCUAAAAACCAAUACGUUUUAUUUGGGUCAUCUGUAGGCAACCACCAGCCUAGCAACAGGGAAGGAGUUAAAUGACUUGACAUGACCCAUCAAAUAGGGUUUGUUUUUUGUUUUUUUAUAGGAAGUUGUUGUUUUUCAAUGCUGCCGAACUUUUCAUUCAUCAACCUGAUAUUUGGAACAUGCAUAUGACAAAAGUUGCCACAACACUCUUUCUAUACCAACAUGCCCAUACUGAAUAAAUAUACACUAUAAUAUGUACAGGUCUACACAUUGCUUCAAAAGAACAAAUAUGUUAUAGUUUUAUACAUUUUUUGUUCAUUCACAGUGUAGGCAAACUGUCACUGGUUACUUUUCCGUUUUAAACGUGUUUAAUUAAUUCUGGUUAAUUGUGGCGCUAGCAGCUUUUAGGAGUCUGCUAGUGUGGUAAUUCUCUAUACUUAUUCCAUUUUAGACCUUUUGAUUAACUAAAAUGGUGUAACAUUCUAAAAUGAUCACUUUUAUUUUGUCAAGCCAGAUAAACUAGAUUUAGUGGAGAAUACAGUGAGGAGAAAAAGUAUUUGAUCCCCUGCUGAUUUUGUACAUUUACCCACCGGCAAAUAAAUGAUCAGUAUCUAA